AUGUUAAAAUUAAAUAAAGAUAUCCUUUAUUUGAUAUUUGAACAAUUACAAAAUGAUAAAAAUACACUUUAUUUAUGCCUAACAGUUAAUAAAAUUUGGUGUGAAAUUAUUGUUCUAAUUCUAUGGAAAAAUCCUUGGAAAUAUUUAAACGAUGGAAAAGAAAAAUCAUUAUUUAAUAUUAUAACUUCACAUAUAUCAGCGGAAUCAAAAAGUAAUUUAAAUAGUAAAGGUAUACAUUUUAUGAUGACUCAAUAUAGAAGACCUUUUUUUGAUUAUAUUAAUUUAUGUAAGCAUUUAAAUUUAAAUGAAAUCAAUAGAAUAAUUGAAAUGAUAUAUUUUCUUCAAGAGGAUUCUACAAUAUCAAAUAUAAAAAUUGUAAUAUUCAAUCUCUUAAUAAAUGAGAAUGCAAGAUUUACUCAUCUUUAUAUACCUCGAGAAUUUGAUUAUCAGAUACAUCUUAUUCCUGGAGCGAAAUAUUGCUUUUCACAACUUGAAUUCCUUCAUUGUAAUACUAGCAUAAAUACGAAUGUUUUAAUUGGAUUAGCUGGAAUGUGUGAUACAAUGAGAAAAUUAGAACUCUGUAUUGAAAAGUUCGAUAAUAAUCGUGAGAUUGUUAGAUUAAUUGAAACUCCAAAAAAAUUAUAUAAUGUUUAUUUUCUAACUAAUAUUGAAAUUGAUGAACCAUUUUGUGAGAUUAUUGAAAAUUCAUUAAUUAAACAUUCAAAUAAUAUUCAAUGGUUUAAGAUAACUAAACAACCUACUACAAAUAUUCUUUCCUCUUUAAAAAAUUUAAGAAUAUUAGAAUUGGAUGAUAAAUUUCGUCAAAUGAAAUGGGAUUGUUUAAUAAAUUUAUCUUUACCUUAUUUACAAAUUUUAAAAUCAAGAAGCGUACCAAAUAAUGUUUUGGCAAGUUUAAUAGAAAAUACUAAAGGAUUUCUUACAGAUAUUGUAAUUGAUUUUACUGAUUUUCUUGAUGAUGAUAUUAGUAAUAAUAGAUUAAUUAGGGCAAUUUAUAAAAAUUGUCCAAUUCUUGAAUAUCUUUUAUUAAAUAUUAAUACUCUUAAUAUUUUAGAAAUGAAAUCAUUAUUAAUUAAUUGUCAAUAUUUAAAUGGUUUAGUAAUUGUUUGUUUUGUAAGAGAUCAAACUACAUGGGAUAAAAUAUUUGAAUUAUUAAUUAAUUAUGCACCAAAAAAUUUAUUUAAAUUUAAAUUUGUUUCAGAUUUUGAAUGUAAAUUAGAAUCUUUAAAAAAUUUUUUUGAUAAUUGGAAACAUCGAAAAUCGAUGUCAUUACAAAUUCAUGAAAUGCAUUUUACUGAUGAUUAUUUUAAUUUAAUUGAAAAAUAUAUUAAAAAUGGUAUAGUUAAAAAUUUUCGUUAUGAUUUAUCAAAUAUCUUUUUUGAUGAAUUUGAUUGGAAUUAG